AUUAUCGAUAGUCCACAGGGUUGCUUUUAAAAGCUCUUUAUUUUGUUGUGAAAUUGAAAAUCGUAAACAAAACAAAGUCAACUUUUUACAAAUCAGUUGAAAUUAUGUGUUGGGUAUUUAAGAAGAGUGCGUAGGAAGAUAACACGCAUUCGGAAUUCAGAGAAGAAACAGUUACCACAUUGUUAAAUUAUGACAACAAAUUCAGCUAAAGACAAAAACUCAGAAGGUGAUUACGACCUGGUUGAGGAAAUCGACAACCAUUUGAGGCGUUUGUUCUAUAUAAAACCAAAAGCUGAAAACCCCAAACUCAAUCCCUACGUAGUGGAAUUCUUUGGAGUUCUUAGCUUGACAGAUUUGCGUGCCCCACAGAGAAAACUAUGGGUAAUCUAUUACGCCAAGCAGCCCGAUCUGGACAAGACCGUUGAUGAAAUCCACGAGAAGUACGGCAAGAAGAAUAUGUUUGAUAUGUAUCGCACCCCAGUUUUUAGUGGAGCUGCUCUGCGGGACAGUGUAAAGAAGCACUUUUCUAACCUCAAGUGGUUUACGAAGGGAAAUCUCCUGGAAGCACCUCCUAAAAGUCACUUUAACGACGAGCGAGUGGUGAAAACAAUCACGGAUCUGCAUCAUCUGGAACACCAGAGGCUAUAUAAUUAUGUGAUGGUGAAGAAUAUGUGGUUUUCUCGUUAUCGCUAACCGAACCUGUGAUUUAGAAUUAAAUUGUCUUAAAGUAAUUUUAUAGUGCAAACUUUCUAAAAGCAAGGCCCAUAAAGUGGAGUAUCCAAAAAUCUAGUUAUUAAAAAUGUGAUAAAAGUCUUAUA